GCCCGUACGGACACAACCGUCGUUUGUUUUCCCCACAUAAACAGCGUGAAAGCGUAAUGACGGCGAAACAAGCGUCGUCCGUGCGAUUAAAAUUGUGUUAUUUGUUUUCGUUUGGAGAAAAAAUUCCGGGAAACUAUAUUCCGCUCAUCUCGGGGGUGCCGCUAAAGAGUUUUACAAUUAAAGUGAAGUUGUUUUGUUGCUGAAAUUAGCUUCUGAGCUGAGCGGAUUGCGCGAGGCUCCAAAAUUGAAAGUGGCUUGUGUUGACCGUGAUCACAAAAAUAUGACGCCAGUGGCUGUGGUGGAAUCGCCUCUACGAAAAUCAGACGCUUCGCGGCUGUUCCGAACGCCGAGGGCUGUGGCUCAGGAAGUGGUGAAUGAUGAUGAGGCGGAGAGAAGAAUUCGGAGAUCGGCUGCCUCCUUGGAUGACAGCACGGUGUCCGUCGGAGCGACCGUUGAGGACAAUGAUAACAUUAAGAUGUGCCUCCAGUUAUACUCAGAUAAUAAAUUGAGUAAAGACAACGCCUGGUCGGUGACGAUCAUCGACACGUUCUCGAAGCUAAUGUCGCGCCACUCGAGCUCGCUGCAGAACUUUCAGGUUGCUGGUUCGACGCUGGAGGCAUCCACGAAGGUGUACGGCCUUCGGGUGGACUCGGUUCACACGGACGUGAUGCGCAUGUGCUCGGAACUAACCCGGCAAUCUGCUCGCACGAUGGACAACAAUCGCGACGAGGACGUAGAUGACGACGGCGGCGGAGACGAAGCAGCCAACAAGGAAAACGAUCCCAAUCGGUCGGUCGCACCCGGGGGACAAACACAGGAACCAAAGACGAAGAGGAAGCGUGCCCGGAAGCAUGUGAGCACCAUCACUAAGAACAAGGAAUCAAUAAAUGCACCGCUGGACACGAAUCCAUUCACGGAUCCUUUCUUCGCCAAGCUGAACUCCGUCGUGGGCGAUGUGAACAGCACGAGUCGGCUGAUGCAAAACAUUGUUCCAACCGAAAACGCUGAGAUGCGACUUCGGAUGGAUUACAAGUUCUGGGAUGAUUCCGACGCGCCAGAGUUAGAUUUGGAGGCUAGCGAAUGUUACGAUAACUUCGAUAUGAAUUCGGUUGUGAUGUACAGCGUAUCGAAGGCUAACAAAUUACAUCAGAUGCUCGCGGGGUACGUGAUAACGGAUGCUCCAGCGGAGGACGAGAAUGACGACGGCGAAAAAUUGAAGGACACGCAGGAUACACAAGCGCGUGAAGCGGCCGAUGAGCCACAACCGCUGAAUCGAUCCGCUUUGGAUGUGCAAUUCGAUAUCGAUGCUGAGGUGGAACCAAUCCCUGUUGGGGAUGCCUACAUUAUCGAUUAUGCUUCUGUAGAUGCAAUGGGUGGAACCGACAAUGACGACGAGUUCAACGAGGAGGACCAAAUCGCACUGCAAAACUGUCGAGGGCUGAAGCGUAAAACCGUAGUCAUCGAGGAUAUGCGACCCAUCGAUGCUUCCUCGACAAAUCUGGAGUAUUCUUACAGAGCGCUGGAUAACAUCUCGCAAUAUUGGGCCGGCCCAUCCCACUGGAAGUUCAGACGAUCGAAGCUCAGUCGCAGUUUGUCGAUUCGUAGUAGUUCCCUGGUGAAUCCAGGUGCUGAUGGUAAAGACAAACCCAAACAGAAACAAACGCGAAAGAAAAAACGUUUCGAAUUGGAGGCUCUCGAUGAUAUGAUCAGUGUUGGGGAGGAAUAUUUCCCACCGUACAAUCCAAAUCGACCAGUGAAAAACAUAACCCACCAAAAGAGUAUGAUCUGCAAAAAAUGGGAUGCCAAGAAAUUGAAAUUACCCACCGAUUUCCAUUUGGAGAGGAAUAGAUUCGAGACGAACAAGUUCAGCCGGGGGUUGAAGGUUCGCGAUUUCGAUGCAUCACCCGAACCCGAUGUGCCAGUAGACGAUUACGAUUAUGACAAUCCGGUCGACCAAAAUUAUUGCAGUCGAGUGAUGAAUGACGAAACCGAUAACGAAGCUGAGCACGGCCCCGAUUUCGGUGGGGGCGGUGACAAUGAUCAUCACACGUUCGAUGAUGCCGGUGGUGGAGAUGACGGCGGAGGCGGAGCUCCCCUCAACACCAGCCUUGACUUCAUACCGACUGAGUUCCAAGGUGCUCCGGAUAAGGUGGCAAAAAUAAAAAUUGCUUACGCGAGAACAGCGAAAGUGGUUGACAUGAAGCAGCUGAAAUCAUGCUGUUGGAGGCUUAUCGCGGAACAGAUUCAAACUUCCGGUGGGGAUGUGGAUGUUCCGAGCAGUAACGCGGGCAAGGAUUGCAAAUCUAAAUUCACCGAUGUCUAUCGGGAGCUGCCCCACAUUCUGUCCAAGUCGAUGAGUGAAAACAUCUCCAAAUCGCUGGCCUUCUAUUCGGUUCUUCAUCUGACCAACGAACGAUCGCUGCGGUUGUUGAGCCAGGAAGAUUUGGAUGAUUUUCUGAUUCUACCACCGGCGUAGCAUAAUAGCCUAGACGCUUCCGAAGCUCAUGGGAACAGUUGUAGCCUGUCGAAGGAAGGUAGGAGAACGUCGCUUAGUGCAAAGUAAUUAGUUCGCGAUCGUCUGUCUAAGUUUACUGCUGUACAGUUGUUGUGGAAUUAAUGGAAACCGAACUCAUUUCGACUAACUGAAUGUUCGUCGUUUUCUCGAAAACGUCUGCAUAAUAUCAACUCAUGUUUGUAUCACAAAUUAAGGGAAAAUCAUUUUUCAGAACUUUCGGUCGUACACUCCCAAUGGGGAGAACAUAUCGGAGAUAGCGUAAAUGAAAAAUAUAAAAGUGUAAAUACAUUUGUAGCUAGAUUUAGUUUUACGUCUGUCAUAACGAA